AUGACGUCACCGCGGGAAGGGGCGCCGCACCAGUGCGGGCACUGCCACAAGAGCUUCAGCUCCCGCAAGAACUACACCAAGCACAUGUUCAUCCACUCAGGUGAGCGCGGCGACACGGCUGGGAACCGCGGUGACACGGCUGGGCACCGCGGGGACACGGCUGGGCACCGCGGGGACACGGCUGGCCCGCUCCUGAGCCGGCGUUUGGUGGCACAGGAGGUGACAGGAGGCCGUGGGGUGACUGUGUCCCCUCUGUGUCCCCUCUGUGUCCCCACAGCCUUCGAGUGCCCCGUGUGCCACCAGCCGUGUCCCCUGGGUGACAUCAUGGAGAACUUCUUCCUGCAGGACAGCGGGGUGGGCACGGCGCCGGCCGGCAGGCAGAGCUGCACCAGCUGCGAGGACAACGCGGCGGCCACCAGCUUCUGCCUGGAGUGCGCCGAGCCGCUGUGCGACACCUGCGUGGAGGCCCACCAGAGGGUCAGGUACACCCGGGAGCACAGCGUGCAGCCCCUGGGCUCUCCGGCCGUUCCCGCCGUUGCGGCGGCUGCGGCGCUGCCGGGGCCGUGCCCGCUGCACCCGUUGCAGCCGCUGUCGCAGUUCUGCAGCGCCUGCGAGCGCCUGACCUGCGGCGAGUGCCACCGGGGCCCGCACCGCGCCCACCCCUCGCAGCCUCUGGACGAGGCCGUCCGGCAGCAGCGCUCGGUGCUGGCGGCGCUGCUGCAGCGCCUGGCCGACAAACACGCGGCGGUGCAGCGCUGCGCCAAGGAGCUGCGCGGCCACCCCCAGGCCGUGGUGGGCAGCGGGGGACAGGGUCCCCCCCAACUGUCACCUCCUCCCCCGCUGUCACCUCUCCCCCAGCUGUCACCUCCCCGCCUGGAGCCAGUGGCCACCGAGAGCCCCGAGCUGGCCCCCAGCCCUGAAAACGGCGUCACCGGAGGGAGGACGAGGAACCCCGGCAGUUCCCCCCGGGAGGAGAAGUUCGUUAAGACACUGCUCAUUAAGCGGAGGGGCCCCCCCGGGGCCCAGGACAGCCCCCGGCUCCCCAAGGAGCCGCGGGUGAGCCUGGAGCGCCUGGAGCUGGACCUGGAGCUGGACCCGGCGCAGCCGCCCGUGUUCCGCAUCUUCCCGGGGCCCUCGGAGCAGGAGUUCAGCCUCAUCGUCAUCGAGCAGGGGACAGCGGGGACAGAGGGGACAGAGGGCACCGAGGGCACCGAGGGGACAGCGGCGACAGCGGCGACAGAAGGGACAGAAGGGACAGCGGGCACGGUGCAGCCACAUGGAGCCCUCCUUGUCAAGCCAGGGGUCCCGGGCGUCCCGGGGGUCUCGUGCUGCCGCGUGUGCGGCCAGGCCGGGGCCGUGGUGAUGUGCGACCGCUGCCAGCGCUGCUUCCACCUGCACUGCCACCUGCCCGCGCUGCAGGACGUGCCCAGCCCCGAGUGGACGUGUUUGCUGUGCCAGGAGCUGCCCCCGCCCCUGCCGGAGCCGCAGCCGGAGCCAGGCCCCCCCCUCAAGCUGAGCCCCCAGGACCAGCAGCGCUGCGAGUUCGUCCUGCUGGAGCUGCUGUGCCACGAGCCCUGCCGGCCCCUGCAGCGCCUCUGCAGCUCCCCGCCCCGGGCCAACAAAGAUGGCGGCGCCCACGAGGAACAUGGCGGCGCCCACCGGGAGAAAGGGCUCAAGCCCCGCCCCCUGCACGUGAUUGGCUGCCGGGAGCCGGGGCGAGCCGAAGUGUUCCGGAAAUAG